AUGCGAGAGAUCGAAGCGUUUCUGUUCUCUCUCUUCGCUGUUUCCUACCGACUUCAAACCCUAGAUGACCCGAUUCUCUACCGAUUGAUGAAGACGGAGGCGAGAUGGCGACCGCGGUGGCUAUUUCAAUCGAUAUGGAUGCAAGUGAUAGAGCUGUCACCGUCUCUUUUACGGCUCCACAAGGAAGAGCUCGCUCUGCCUUCAAAGAAGCUCAAAGAAGAACUUGAUGGGUGGCUGAAUGCUGCUGGACUGCCAAAGUCAUCUGAUGUUUGUGGAGUCAUUGCUCCGCACGCAGGUUACUGGUAUUCUGGCCGCACAGCCGCUUGUGGAUUUGGAAAUAUCGACCCUACUUACAAUUCUCGGGUAUUCCUUCUUGGUUCAUCUAAUCACUAUUAUACUCCCAAAUGUGCUUUGUCAACUGCGACAGUUUACAAAACUCCAAUUGAGGACUUACCUAUUGAUCAGGAAGUGAUUGAGGAGCUUAAAUUUCUAUGA